CACGAUAUGCAUGUCUCGUCGGCAGCGCGAAGGCUUGGAUACGUCAAAACAGACAAGGAAGAUGUGAACGCUCUCAUCAAAAUGUGUUACUGGUCUUUUGUUAGUAACCUGUUCAGCUAUCAUACCGACUGUCCGCAGAUUGAAAAGUUUGGCUGGCUCGAGGUGACACAUCUUCUUGCGCCUGCUACACAGUACAUUCGCGAUAUGGAAUCCUUAUACUCUAAAAUACUAGAUGAUAUUGUGGAUGCACAGGAACCGAAUGGCCUAUGUCCAACCAUGGCACCGGAGAUCCGUUAUAUGUGCGGUCCUCUGCACGACACCAUCACAUGGGGAGGUGCGGUAGCAUUGCUUCCGGAAAUACUGCGCUUCUACUACGGUUCGACCCACACCUUCGAGAAACUGUUUACGCCUUGUGUACGGUACAUGGAGUAUUUGCAGACAAAAGAGAGGCACGGUGGUUUAAUCGAGCACGGUCUUGGGGAUUGGGGACGCGACAUCGCAUUCGGAAACAACCAAGCCAACAUUGAAACUGCGAUAUAUUACCGCUGUCUCCGCAAUAUCGAAGAAAUGGCUCGCAAGCUUGGGAAGACGGAAGCUGAAGAGCACUUCCGCACUUGGGCAGAUCGCAUCUACCGCGUAUACAACGAACAGCUAUUGGUGAGGGAUAGGAAGCUGCAUCCUUAUGCAUUCUACACAUCUCAAGAUAACCCAGGGACCCAUGACCGAAACAUGGUCGCGCAGGCGUUCGCUCUGCAGUUCAGUCUUGUUCCUGCAGAGCACAUUGCAGAUGUCCAACGAGCGUUUCUCGCGGACUGUGCAGACGCAAAUAACCGCAUCCAGGCCGGUGAAAUCGGCUUAAAGUACCUCUGGAACACUCUCGCUGAUCUCGACCGUCCGGACAUCGUACUGGAAAUGGCGCGCCAAGAAGAGCACCCUUCAUAUAUGCGCUUUAUGCGUCGAGGCGAGACGACACUUAACGAAUUCUGGCAGGACGCGUGUCGAAGCAAGUGCCAUGAUAUGCUCGGUACGAUAUACGAGUGGUUUUACUCCGCGGUUUUGGGGUUGAAGCCGGAAACGGAGGCGUACAGGACAUGGACUGUGAGACCACCAAUAAGCUCAGAGUUUGGUCAUGUUGAAGGUAGCGUCGAGUGUCCGUACGGUAAGAUUGCGAUUCAGUAUGAUCGCAGCAGUGAAGAUUCAGACGUAAAUAUGAAAAUCCAGGUGCCGACUAGCACGACUGGAUUCCUGCUUCUGCCACAGGAUACAAGCUCGGUGGAGAUUGUGCGGGUCCAGGGGAGCGUGAAGAGUGGAAAGAUGACUGAGAGAGGAACGCGUAUUGAGCUGAAGCCCGGGCAUUAUGAGCUUGCAAUAAAGCCGUAG